AGAUUUUGGAACGUUUACCCCUGAGCCCAAGCGGAGGCAGUGGCUGUGGGUUGGCCUUAGCCUCUGUGUCGGGGCUGCGUUUUUCAAUGGAAUCGUGGAAGUGAGCGAGGUCGCAGCGUUCCGGCAGUCGAGCUUUUUUGCGGCCCCUUUCUGGCUGAGUCGCGUCGGCAGAUAGAGAGCCUAAGAUGGGCACUCCAGCCUCCGUGGUGAGUGAGCCACCCCCUGGGCAGGCACCUGCAGGAGUCCGGGGACGAAAGCAAGCCUCUGCCAACAUCUUCCAGGAUGCCGAGCUGCUACAAAUUCAAGGCUUAUUUCAGCGCAGUGGUGACAGGCAGGCUGAGGAACGAGCGCAGAUCAUCUGGGAGUGUGCUGGGGACCACAGGGUGGCUGAAGCUUUGAGGCAGCUGCGCAGGAAGAAAAGACGGCCGCUGGGCCACUCCCUGCAGCACUGCAGUCGACGUAGAGUACCAGAGGACUGCUCUCCGCCUGCCGAUCCUUCAAGCAGUUCCGUAGAGCUGACCACCAAUGGGCAGCAGCUAAACCCAAGAACAAGUGCCAGGAACCGGCGGAGCUGGAGAAAGACAAGCCCCACGAGCUAUCUCCACCAGAUUAGACACUGACCUGUUGGGGGCAGCUGGGGUUACCCUCCCCAGGAAUCCAGAUGUCCCCUGAAGGGAUCCCUUGGAAGGGAUGUGGGGAGGCAGAGAGAGAAGCGAGGCCUCAAUCGGCCAGCCCAGCCAAAGGGACAGUCACUGCCUACCUACUCCGUUAAGAAAUAGGUGGGGGGCUUCUGUUGAUCUCUUCACUGUCUUCAGAACUUGUUCUUCCCUGGAAUGAGUGAGAACAUGAACAGCCCCUGCUAUUAUACACCGCACACCCCCCCCCCCCCCGCCCCCGCUCCUUCCAAACUAACACUAUAGUGAGACUAAACUACAUUCCUCAAGAUUUCUGAUGGACCCAGGCUCAGGCCCAGGUUAUUUAUUACUAAGUCUUUAACCAGUAGUCUAACAGGCCCAUCCCAGGGAUGUCAAUAAUAAUUCAUAGCACUUUAAGGUUUACAAAGCACUUUACUCACAACAACCCUUUGAGGUAGGUAGUGCAAGCAUUAUUUUCCCCACUUUAUAGAUGAGGAAACAGUCAGCAAGGUUAAUAAACUUGCCCAUGGUCACACAGCUAGUAAGUGUCAGAGGUGGGAUUCAAACCCAGACCUCAACUCUGGGUUCAGCACUCUUUCCACUACACCAAGCUGCCUCUUUCUUUGCCUGCCUGCCAAAAAGACAAAGGCAAAGAGAAAACUGGCUAGAGUCCCCUUGGGUGGAUGAAAAUAUUUAAUAAUAAAAAUUUCUCAUAAA